UACUGCACGCGUGCUGUAGCUGCUAGGAUCCAUCGUUCAUUUUAAUCCAAUGGCUCAAUCGCUGUGUGACAAAUCUCGCACCGGCCACUCAUAAAAAAAUAAAAAAGACCCACACGCCACACUGUUCGCCUCUCUCUGUCUUAUCUCCUUCCUCUAGAGAGGUCUGGCCACUGUUAUUCCCCAACGCAAGCUAAUCCGGUCAGCCUGUACUGCUCCGGCGAUGCAUUUUCCUUCAUAGGCUCACCUCUUUGCGCUGCUUCUUAUCCAUCCCCGUGCCCCAUGGCUUCUACCGGCUGCUGCAAGGAAUGGCCGGGGGAUGAAGGUGUUGCGCGAAUCGACCUGGGACGCUGCUGCCGCACAACGGCGAGCUCAACGAGCCCGACGACGACGGCAAGCAGCGACCUGGAAGGGGAGGAGGGGCAUGCCUGGGCCGCCGCGCUUCCUCGACCGCUGUGACACCCUCCAUGAUGGGCGCCCCAAGAUUCUUCGGCCGCAGGAAGCGUCUGGCGGCAGCGGCGCGUCUCCGGCCAAAUCCGGUCAAAUCCAAUGGAAAAACAGCCCUCCUGCCCGGCCAAGCGACCAAGCUCCAAUAGCAGAACCCAAUGGUCGUCACGCAGCAGAUGCUGUCCAACCAAGUUUGUGUUUCCACAUUGCUUCUUAUGGCAUUGAAAGCGUCUUCAAAGGCUUCCUCUUCCUCAUACUUGUACAUGCAAGCACUGAAAUCAGCAAGUACAUUUGGUCCAUCCUCGUCUUUUUUCUUAUGAGCUUCACCAUACAUCAAGUCCCUUUGUCGCCUGGUUCGCAAGUGGUUCUUGCGAUCACGACAUGUGUAGCCAAGGUUCAGUGGACCACCAACUUGUCGACUUGCAAACUCAUGGGCUUUUCUCGGUACAAUUCCUGAAUCAUCUGCUGUUUCAAUUUCAAAUGCUUGCAAGGCUGAAAUCUUCCUCCGUGAUGGCAUCAAGUGGCUUGUCCCAGGUAAUUGCAAGACAUGGUUGUGUUCAACAACUAACUCAUGCACCUCAUAAUUUCGUGCUUCUCGGUCUAUAGUAAUUCCCAUUCGAACAUUGCAGCCGGUCCUUGUUUCUGCACGAGGACGCUUUGUAUUAUUAUCCCUUUUGUCUUUUCUUCUGUAGCCCUCAUUGGAACAAACAUAUCUUGCUGAGGUGAUUACUCCAUCGAGUUUGCUCUUGUUUUCAUAAUUUAUCCUUACAUCAAAACCAAUAUGACCUCCAUAACAUGUCCAAAAGUUCCAAGCCUCUUUUGUGGAAUUGAAUUUCAUACCAAUCUGAGGCAUCCAACUAGGAACCACAUUUGUCCUGUAAAAGUUACACAUAACUUAUUUGUUUGUAUGUUUACACUACAAUCAUAAGGUGAUAUAACCUGAGAAUUUAACAAAAUUGUCGGUACCUGUUAGCAUCCUCAUUACAGCUAGUCAUAUUCUCCAUUAGACUUUCUCUUCGUUUUUGUUGCUAGGAGAAGGACAACAAAAGGGAGACCAUCUGCAUUAAUCUCCUGUCAUGUUUUGGAAAUCCCAGGACUUGAUGAGCAAAUCAUCUGUCUUACAAGCAAAUAUUUGAAUACAUUCAUGCAUUUUAUCUUGAGCUUGUCCAAAACAAUUGAGAUCACUUCUAUUAAAUUUUUUUCACUCUAACAUAAUCUAAAAGAUGCAGAAAAUAAGUUUUGCAUCUUGCCCUUAUCAUCCUCCAUUAAGAAAAUAGUAGCAUAGCAAACUCAAUCUACAAAUUGUGUGCCUUGAGAACAUGAAUACAAUCAGAGCAUAUGUCACAUACCUUCAGAUUAAUUGUCUUCUUUUUUGUUGCUAGGAGAAUCUUUAUCGCCUACGGAUCAGCUUGCCUUGGUUUCGCUCUGAACAUGAAGGACGAUCAGAAGAAAGAUAUGGCAAAAGGGAGUUGAUCUGUGCCGGGGUUCGUCUCCUUAGCUUGCCUUGGUUGCGCUCGGAACAUGGAGGACAAUCAGAAGAAAGAUAGGGCAAAAGGGAGUUGAUCUGCGCCACGUACAGAUCACCGGUCAACAUACAGAUCACAGAUCAACGUACCUUUGUCAUAUUAUUUUACAAGGACGAACAGGAGGAACGAGGAAGAUGAGCGGGACAAAGGCAAAGAGAUCGCUGUUUGGCGCCAAGGAGGUUAUCAGGGUGUGUUUUGUUUGGCGCCAGGUUCUGUUUGGCGGCAAUCCUGCAGCCGUACGAGAUUUUCUACCACAUAAUUAGCUGUUUGUUUCCAUUUAUUAACAGAAUCAAGUGGGGGUAAUGAGAGCCGUCAGAUUUAAAUGGAUGGCUGAUGUGGGUUGGUACAGUACCCGUGCAGUAAUAACGUGACUGCAGAG